GUGAAUUUGUGUAAGGGUGCAAUCACGAACAUGUUGAAAAUUCAUUCCUUCUUGCUCCACCGCUUAAAUCUGAGAUUGCUUGGUUUCUGAGAAAGCUUAGACUAGUAGAUCCCAUAAUUUGCGUAUUUAAAUAAGGCCUGUCUUCCAUUUUCCCGCAGAAGAAGAUCUGUUUUCGUUUCCUUCUUUUCAUGCUCUCUCGUUCUCUUCUGUCGUCUUUCUUCCCAUCCUUUUCAAGAAACAGAGAAGGUUUUAGAUAAGCAGGAAACAUGGUGAAGAUCUGUUGUAUUGGAGCCGGGUACGUCGGGGGACCAACGAUGGCUGUGAUCGCAUUGAAGUGUCCUUCAAAUCAAGUGAUUGUGGUGGACAUCUCUGUUCCUCGGAUCACAGCCUGGAACAGCGACCAGCUCCCCAUCUAUGAGCCAGGUCUGGAAGAUGUGGUGAAGCAGUGCAGAGGAAAGAACCUUUUCUUCAGCACUGAUGUGGAGCAACAUGUUGCGGAGUCGGACAUAAUUUUUGUCUCUGUCAACACUCCAACCAAAACUCGGGGGCUCGGAGCAGGCAAAGCCGCUGAUCUGACCUACUGGGAGAGUGCGGCACGCUUGAUAGCUGAUGUAUCGAAAUCCAACAAGAUUGUAGUUGAAAAAUCAACAGUCCCAGUAAAAACAGCUGAGGCAAUUGAGAAGAUUCUGACCCACAACAGCAAGGGUAUCAACUUCCAAAUUCUUUCAAACCCAGAGUUCCUUGCUGAGGGGACUGCCAUCCAAGACCUCCUCAAUCCUGACCGAGUGCUCAUCGGAGGCAGGGAAACGCCGGAAGGACAGAAAGCAAUCAAGGUGUUGAAGGGUGUGUAUGCCCAGUGGGUGCCUGAGGAUCGAAUCAUAACUACCAAUCUGUGGUCGGCAGAGCUCUCCAAGCUUGCUGCCAAUGCCUUCUUGGCUCAGAGAAUCUCUUCUGUCAAUUCCAUGUCAGCGCUCUGUGAGGCAACUGGUGCAGAUGUUACCCAAGUGGCUCAUGCUGUUGGUAAAGACACCAGGAUUGGUCCCAGGUUCCUGAAUGCCAGCGUUGGCUUUGGCGGAUCCUGCUUCCAGAAGGAUAUCCUGAACCUGGUCUACAUUUGUGAGUGUAAUGGCCUCCCUGAAGUAGCAAACUACUGGAAACAGGUGAUUGAGGUGAACGACUACCAGAAGAACCGUUUUGUGAACCGGGUUGUCUCUUCCAUGUUCAACACAGUCUCAGGUAAGAAGAUUGCUAUUCUGGGCUUUGCAUUCAAGAAGGACACAGGUGACACCAGGGAGACUCCUGCCAUCGAUGUGUGCAAGGGGCUCUUGGGGGACAAUGCCCAUUUGAGCAUCUUUGAUCCUCAGGUGAACGAGGACCAGAUCCAGAGGGACAUCUCAAUGAAAAAGUUUGAUUGGGACCAUCCACGCCACCUCCAGCCAUCGAGCCCUACCUCAGUGAAGCAAGUGAGCGUUGUUUGGGACGCAUAUGAGGCAACCAAGAAUGCCCAUGCUGUCUGCAUUCUGACAGAGUGGGACGAGUUCAAGAAACUUGAUUACCAGAGGAUAUACGAUAACAUGCAGAAACCUGCGUUUGUGUUCGAUGGACGGAAUAUUGUGGAUGUGGAGAAGUUGAGGAAGAUUGGUUUCAUUGUUUACUGUAUUGGUAAGCCCCUCGAUCAAUGGCUCAAGGACAUGCCUGCUGUGGCAUGAAGGAGAAGCAUGAAUGAGGUUGUGUCUUCUUCUAGUUUGCGACCAAGUAGAACUAAAAUCUUGGAUAGGCGAUUUGAUUCUUCCAAAACAAACAACGAAAUUUUAUUUUCUAUUAUUUUCA